GCAGGGCCGGGUAUUUGUAUCCGGCAAGUCGCCGUCACGGAUAAUUGCACUCAUCGUCGCCAAUGUACCGCGGAAAGAUGAUCAUUAUCCAGGAACAUGAGGAAGAGAGGAGACACACGUCGGGGAAAAAUUCCUCCUUUCCGGAUUCAACUGCGACCUUGUAAGAAUUUCUCAGCUCUAGAAAUUUCGUGUGGCCGAGUGGUGUGGACCGACCAUUUUGACAUGACUUGGGAUCACAAAGACAUCGCCAGGUGUAAAAGCUCCUGUGCACGGUGCGAUGGCGAAGGAAUCCCAAGUGUCCUGGAGGCUAAAAAAUACAGUUUUGGGGGCGGCAGCCGGCAGAUCUUUCUCGGGAAAGUCGAGUGAGAUGAAGCAUAUCGUAGCUACGACGUCAUUGAGCUAUCGAGGACUUGGUCUCUGGCAAAUACACGCGCAAAACAUGGUACCGUCCUAUAGAUCCAAAGUUUUUCUCUUUUGCAUAGCCUUUUCCCAUCGAGGUGGCUUGCACGAAUAUGCGUUACGUUUAAGGAAUAUUCUUUUAGGGCUUGCAAAGACUACUUUUAGGUUAACGACUAUGUUUAGGGUUAUAGCGAAUAUGCGUUUGGGGUAGUUUGAUGCGAUUAGGGCUCUGUUUUGAUUUUACCGUUGCGACUUCCAGAAAGAUAUUUGAUUUCCAUGGAAUUGAAUUUGACACUGGGGCAGGAUACCGGAUCUUGGUAGCUGCCUUGCAUGAUAAAUGAUAACGGUAGCGUUUUUUACUCCACAUUUUUUAGGGCAUGUGUGGCCCUCCAACAGAACAUACCACAACGGGCGCCAUUUUGGUUUUUUCGUUUGAUUGCUGUUCUUUUUCUUCACUUCUCCGGCGGUCGAUCUAUCGCUCUAUCCAUCGAUAGCAGCUAGGCUAGGUCUUGGAUCGGUCCAUGCUGCUGCCAGAUGGUGUGGAUGCGCGACGCGGCGGACGCGGUGGCCAUGGGAAACUGCUGUGCGUGCGCGGAUAGCUGCGACGGAUUUUGCCCUUGCCCCAAGAGAGUCCGGCCCAGGCUCAUGGAUUUCUUGCGCAUGGAGGAUCGCGAGGUGCUGGGGCUUCUCUUGGAUCGGCAUUCUCAGCGCCGCCGGCCGCGGCGCCAAGAGCAGCUCGAUUUCGCGUCUGACAGGGAGAAGAUCGAUGGCCGGUCGCAGCUGGAGCACAUCUUCCAUCAAAAUAUGCCCGUUUCGGAGAAUCGAGAGGGAGAGGCCAGCGGGGGCUUGCGAAUCUACGUUGUUACUUGGAACAUGAAUGGAAAGAUACCUGAACGAAAUCUCGCAAAUCUCGUGGACGAUGAAUCGGCGAGAAGGAAGCACGACUUGUACGUGAUUGGUCUCCAGGAAGCUCCAAGUUUCUACGUCGAGUCUUUCUUUCUAGAGAUUCUGGGCGAAAGUUACUGCUUGGUUGCAUCGUCGGUCAUGUCAUCUUUGCAACUUUUCGUGUUCGCAAGGACCGCGCUCCUGUCAUUUUUAACUGAUCCCAGGAGCGACAGGGUUAGCGUAGGGGGAUUUGGAGGUGUUAUUGGUCGUCAAAAGGGGGCUGUUGCUGUCUCGUUGCGAUACCGUCAGCUCAGAUUUCUCUUCCUUUCAUGCCACCUCGCCCCUCACGAAGGCAAUGUAGAGGCUCGAAAUGCUCAGUUUGCUCGCAUCACUCAGAGCGUUUUCGCAAGGCCAAACACUGCCAACGGGUGCUCGUGCUUGCACACGGCCACCGCCGUGGUCGUGGACGAGUAUGGCCUCGAUCAGCCCCAGGACCAACACAAGCAAAACCAGCAUCAAGCUUGCAAGAACAACACUGUCGAGGGCUCCGAUCUCGUCAUCUUGAUGGGGGACUUGAACUACAGAGUUGUCGGGCACAAAACUUCCGUAGGGAUCUUGAUCAAGAACAACCUCGAAAAGCUCUUAUGGCCGAGAGACCAGCUCUCGAGAGAAGUCGCGCGAGGCAACAUCUUCAACGGCUUUGUUGAAGGCCCGCUAACUUUCAGACCGACUUACAAGUAUGACGUGGGAACCGAUAACUAUGACACGAGCUCAAAGGAAAGAGUGCCCUCAUGGACGGAUAGGAUCUUGUUCAAAGUCCGGCACAAGAGCUGGCUCAGUGUGGCGGUCCAGGACUACGAUUCGAUCAACUCCUUGAAGAGCUCGGACCACAGGCCAGUAAAGGCACUGCUAAGAGUGAACACGAAUCUCUAGAGAGAUGGAUCGAUGCUUUGAAAGGCAGGCAGUCCUUCGAUUCAUCGUCUCAUCGUCACCGCGUUGUGGUUCAUUCAAGGCCACAGUGAGGUAAUGUCAAGUCAAGGUAUAGAAUUUCUUCCAAAGCAUACCUUGGCAUUUACAUACACUCAUUUUAUUCCGACCUUUUCGAUAGACAGAAGGUCUAUUCCUGUUGGAUUUCCAGGAAGUGACUCCUGGCUUGGUUGCCUUGUUUGCUUUC